CGAUGGGCGAUGAUUCUUUGAUAUUACGAGAAGAUGGUUAUAUACGCAUGAACUUUCCUGUUACUUCUUUAACGUACCACAGUAAUUUGAAUAUAAUUUUGGUGAAGACUGAUGUAGGUGGUGUACACGUUUUGGAUGUGAACUCUGGUGUGAUACUUGAAGCGUCUUGCCUAUCAGCGGAUGAUGGAGGUACUCUUGGCGUGGAGUAUGCGAGUGGGGCCGACCGGGUCUUUGUGUGGGACAGUAGCGGCGUAGGGGCGCGCACGGAUUACAAUGGGGUGUUGCUGCUACGAACCGCGCUGCAGCGUCCGCUGCCAUCCUCACAACCUGACAAAAUCAUAAGGAUCGAGCUUGUUCUAUCUGAGGCGGUUCUCCUAUAUCAAUGCCUCCAGAGCUUGGAUCAGCACUCCAUCGAGGGUCUCACAGAUUUCAUCAACGAACUGAAGACUGCCAUCAAUAUCGAACCCGCUCGUAAGGGCGUUAAGGCACAAAAGUGGAGCACAGUGACCAUCCGUCUACCACAAUCCACCGUUCGUCUGGUCACCACCGGUGUGGUACAAGAGCUAAAGAGUCAGAACAGGCGGAUUCCAGCACUAGCCAUCGCGUCUGCAGUCGGACAGCGAGCAAAUGAGCUUGUCCCUUGCUCACGUGAUGAAGAAUCCAGGCCGUUGAUGUACUCGGAAGCUGAGAGGAAGGAGACCUUCAAGAGAUGGCCUCACAUGGAUUAUAAAUGGGCAUUACCAGCGCGCAUGGCUCAGGCCGGGUUCUACCACCAACCGUCACCCAGCGGCGAUGACCGCGCCAUGUGCUUCACCUGCAUGGUGUGUCUCGUCUGCUGGGAGAAGUCCGACGAACCUUGGGUCGAACAUGAGCGACAUUCGCCCAAUUGCCCUUUCGUUCGUGGCGAAUACACCCACAACGUGCCCAUUUCUGUCACAAACGCUACAGCAUGUGCAGUGCCUUGUCCAAACGUAUCAGUGGUGUCAAAAGGCAACACAGGCGACCUUAUCGCCACCGGCACCACGGAAGGGAAGGUCAACAUUUGGAAGUUCGACUGCGGCCUUAAACUGGUCAAGUUCAUCCAUCUUUCACCUUAUGACUCCAUCUUCAGUGGUAUCCUGGCUACUGAUUCUAACAAAGUCUGGUCAGCUAGCUUGGAGAAGGACAGUUCAACAUACGGUGUAGAGCUCACAGCGAUGGCUUUCGUGGGCAUGACGACACGACAGGAGACCUUCCCACAAGCACAAAACUCUGAAAAUGUUGAGAAAGAGACCAGCGGGAGCAAGUCCAAACCAUCACUCAUCUGUGCCGUUACCAUCACGCGGACCAACGCCCCCACAGACCAGCCCAUCAAGGAAGACUCCAGCAAGGCACUCUUCGAGUCGGACAAAUCACAAGAAAGCGUGCAAGCUAUGAACGAUCAGAACGAAGCUAAAAGCAACCAAAGUCCCACGAAUAAAAUGCUCUUCCUCUUAACAUAUGACAUACACAGCUCUUUAGCGGGUUCCAUCACGACAGUAGUGCACACUUCAAAUAGCAGCGGUAAUUCCAAACCAGGCGGUAGCAAGAAAGUUUGCACGGUCGCACGAACAGAUGACGCGAACAUUUACGACGAAAUUUACUUCCAGUAUUCAGACGAAGACACAGAGCUUCCCCAGUGCACAAGCAGUUUAAUAGAUGAACAUAUUAGUAACGUAAUCAACCUAAACGCAUCAUCCAGCAAAGAGGAUUGCAAGGUUUGGGAACCCAAGAAGAUAAUUUUCACAAAACACUUCAAAGUCUUACCUCCUCCUCCUUCAACAGCUCUGUUACCGGAUUUACCUGAGUCUGGACAGGGCAGUAUGUUGGAUUUCGUCGGACAGAUCUCACAGUUGAAAAGUUGGAAGAGCGGUAACUUAGAAUCUGUUGGUACGAAGCUCGCAGACCAAACCGAUGCAGUAUUGCAGCCGGCGGAUCCUAUAACACAUUACCUCAACAUGAAUGGGCCCUUAGAAAUCUCAGAUCUAAAGUGGUAUGAAGGUGGGGACGGCACAGAGAAGGUGAAAGUCACAACAUUUGGCGGAAGCAAAGUGGGAACUACCACAGCUGUUAGCAAUAGCAACAAUGACGGUUUCGAUAGCGAUCCUCCACAGGAAGAGGUUGUGUCACAAGGGAUUGCAAUUCAGUGCCUAAGUCUUCCAGCUAAGCUCAAUCUUAGAGAGGACUCUAAAGUCACACAUUUAAUGCCCACUGAAGACAAGGAACAUUUGUUAGUAGUUGUGUCCAGCAUUGAACCUGAGAAAGUGAGAGUUGAAGAGGACACUGAUGGAGACGGUGACGUUAAGAUGGACGUAGACGAAGUAGCUGAAUCAACAGACAAAACUGACAGAUCUGAUACCAAGGCAUACUUUCUGCUCUUCAAGAUUAACAAUAAAACAUCCAUAUUCACUCUCGAAGACAAUCCCGUGUCAGUUAAAGAGUUGCCGUACGGUGAGAGUCCGGUGGACUUGUGUUUACUACCUGUGGAUCAGUGCUCGUUCGCGGCCGUAGGCGUCGACGGCAGCUUGCGAAUGUAUUCGCUGCCCGAUUUCAAAGUGUUAUCAGAAAAGAAAGUGCCCAAAGGGCAAUUCACAUCAGUCGUAUACUGCGCCUCGGUGGAACGUCUCAGCGUUUCCACCAAACAUGGGAUGAUAUAUUUUUACGCCCUGAACAACGGCGAGAAAGACUCGACCGGAGACAUAGAUGAAGACGAAUUCGCGAAUUUGGACUUCGAUAUGCUGCAGAGGCCGCCGCGGGAGGAGGCGGGGCCCGCCACCGCGCCCGUCAUACUGGCCAACAAGACGGAACUGGACAAGGCGGAUCUGGAAACUCUGAUCUCGCUGACCGGGUCGUACGGCACGAACACCACGGUGCCGUACAGCGCCGUGGUGCCGGGCUUCUGGUGCGAGCUGUCGCCGGCGCAGCGCUCGCGCUCCGAGCACCAGAACAACCGCACGUGGCGCCUGCAGAACACCUCCUCCACCUGGGACGAGCACGUCCUGGAGCUCACUCUGCCCUACAGCGUUUCCUUGGCCCACAUAGAGUUCGGCUUCACUCUGCACACGGCGUGCACUGCCAACCUGCCUAUAAUACAGGUGACGUUAUUGAAACAGAAUUUGCACGGCAUCGGCUACAAGAAAGACGCCUCGUUCGGCCUCCUGUCGGAGUCCCCGAUGCAUUUCCCGUGGGUAAUCGACCAGGACUUGGUGUGCCUGGAGAACCCCGUCAGCAGCGAGGAGUAUUUGCAAGCGCAUAAUGCUGAAAUUCUGGCGGGCCCGUUGUUGUUGUCCUCCGGUUUGGAUUUGACUCAGCAGGCUGGCACUUUGAUUCUGACUAGCCCGAGACUGUACCGUGCCAGAGGGCGAACCUUUCUCAUUCACAUAAAGACCUUAUUCGAUCCGGCUAAAGAUAUGUCUAAAGGACCGAUUAAAUCUGGCGAGAGCAACUCGAAGAAAUCUGGAUUUAUAGGCUGCGAUUGGUUGCACCAAAUCUCUCUUACCGUGCGCGCCAGUCCUCACACAGAAGUACCAAUGGAACGGCAGCAGCGAAUAGCUAUGCUCGAAUCUAAUAGCUUCUUGAACACUCUCUGCGAAAUUGCUGUAAACAAAGGGGAUAUUGAGAAACGAAUGCUAGCUUUGGACUUGCUCUUAUGGGUAAUUUCAAUACGGUUGCAAAGAAUGCGUCUUGCUAAGACUGACAAGGGGAAGGACAAAGACGCGUUGUCACCAGCCGAAAGUCAGCAAGUGGAGUGUGUGAAAACAAUAGAAAAACAUACAGAUGAGUUAAUAAAGAAUUGCGUGCUCUGCGCGAAUAGAAGCAUAGCUAAGAAAUGCAUCAAAAUCAUCUUAACCACUAGCGGUGGUUCAAGAAGUUUGCCUCGGCCAUGGAAAUCAACAUUCGACCAGACUCUCAUAACUAGUGUAAGCGCGUGCAUACCAUAUCUCGGUGCCUGCGAUUCCCCGGGAGCUCUAAGAUGGCUGGUCGCACUAGCCCAGCACGCUGCUCAGGGUCUGGGACGAACUACGGCUGCUGACCUUGUAUCUAGAUGUCUGACUUUGCUGGAGAGGACUGCAAAAUGUCUCAGGGAGAGAGCUGAUGUUUACCAUCAUUUGUUGAGAGCUAGGUUCGGUCUAUACGGUCUGCCACUAGAGCGCACGAUUUUCGCGGCAGAAGUGCCUGAACUGGGCCGCGGGACAUCUACACCUGUGACAUAUGCCAGUGUACUAACCGGCGACACCAGCACGCCUCCUGUAGCUAAGCAAGAGUAUCAGUUGAAGGACUUGCUCAACUUACCGCCUGAUCUUGAUACAAAAAGCAAAGCGUCAAACACGGCAUGGUGGGCGCAAAAUAACGGUGUCUCCAUAUUCGGUGCGGGCUUGAGUGAGGCGAUGCCUCUUCACGUUACUUGUCACGUUGCGUCUGAUGGCACCAAGUUGGAGUCCAGCGGUGCGCGGCAUCAUCCUGCGGUUGUGAGUUCGCUGCCUGGAGAUCCCAAUCAGUUAUGGCACGUUGUAAAAGAGGGGCAAGCAAAGCAAUCUUCUCAGGACCCAGACUCGCUGGAAGACGUCGAAAGCUCGCCCAUGGAGUGCGAUCCACAUGAUAAACUUGACUUCACCGAUGAAAAGUUCUUCAAGGAGCAAGAGCAAUGCGGCAUUCCGUGGGCGGCGCUAGUGUCGCGGCCGCCCCAGCACACGCUCGUCGUGGAACGUAUGCACUCUGGCGCGCGUCGCUACAUCGUGCUCGACUUCGGGCACACCAUUCGACUUACGGAUUUGAUAAUCCCGUCAUGUUCGGAUCUAGUGACCCUGUGCAUCGACAUAUGGGUGACGAGUGAAGAGACCGAUUGCACCAAGCUAGCGUUCGCUACGGACAUCGCUACUAAACACCUCGUCCUUACUGACAUUCAGCCUGCGCCUCUCUGCCGGUAUAUGAAGAUAACAACGAUCGGCCGCUACGGCAUGUCGGCAAUGAAGUGCAAGAUUCCCCUAGGAUGGUUCUACGGGGAAAUAGCCGAGAUCAGCAAUGUUCCGGCUUCCAUUAGCGCUUUGAACGCGCUGCAUCAGGACUUGACUUGUCGGUUCCGUUUAGCAACUGGCAAAUUAAUGGAUUUGCUCAACCCCUAUCUGGAAUUAUACAAUGGUAACGCCGCUCACAUGAUGGCUUACCUCAAUAUCUCAAACGACACAGACCCGAAGGUCGUCACGGCCUACCAGGAGUGCAUAGAAUUGCAACAACAAUUGCACACAUGUAAUAACGUGUUGAGAAAGCUCCAGAACAAUUCGGAUGUGAACGAUCAGAUCUUGGAUUUGAUUGGUAAAGGAAAAGUGACAUCUGAAGCCCUGUUAGAACGUGCGUCCACAGACAAGUUGCGAGUGAUUAGUGAGAAUAUUGUCGACAUGCUUCUUUAUUUCUUCUUCCAAGUCGGUGACACGCAACACGAUGACAUAUCCCUGGAGUGGUGCUCCACUGUGUCGCCCCUCCUGUGGGAGUGGGGCGGUCGCUCAGCGGCGGCGCUAGCCACGCUGCUGGCACGGCUGUGCGGCUCACAGGCCUGGUGGGGGACGCAUCUCGCUGAUACCCUUACGGAGGCCUUUGCCACUGUCGACGCACCGCCUUUGGCUUUGGACAGGUGCCUGGUGCUGGUGAUGUACAUGUGCCGCAAGAGCCUGUUCUCGCACGGCGACUCGGAGACGGGCGUGGCGCAGGCGCUGAGUGCGCGUGCGCUGGCACUGCUGCGCUCGCCCACGCCGCAGCCCGCGCUGGCCGCCGCGCUGCUCACCGCGCUCGCCUCGGUGCUGGACAGCGUCGCCGCCUCGCACUACAAGCACACCAGAUGGGAUUGGGUGACCGGCGGACGGCCAGGCAGCGGCGGAAACUCAGACGCAGGCUCUACCGCUUCACCCCGAACAAACGAGUGCAAGCUACACCGACGCAAGCUCCACAAGAAGCUGUUACAUCAAAUGCAGGAGCUAGAAGCCGCGCGGAGGGGGAUACAGGUCGCUUUGGAGGAACAGCAGCGCGCCCGGUUUAGUCUGAAAGCGCGCAUGGCGAUGGUGGGCAAACGCGGGGGUGGAAAGCCGGAGGACGAUCCGCCGGCAGGGAGUCGCGCGCCGCGAGUCGUGCCCGCGCCGCUCGCCGCGCAGCUCGCGCAGGCACUCGUCGCGCACAUGCUCGCCAUGGAUAGUAGCAGCGGAGGCGAUACGCUGCUGCUUUGCGCCAAGGUCGUGGGACGAUUAUGCGCCUUGUCUGGCGGCGCGGGGUUGUUAGAUCCAUCUUGCGUAUUGGGACUAGCACGGCUCUGCGUCACUCUGCCUCCGUGGCCUCAGCACGCACUUACAACUCUACUACAGGACUUAGUGGAAUACGAAAGCGGCGAAACCUCACCCGGAACAACGAACGACGAGUCUUGGACAGACACAGCAACGGGAUCGGGGUCGGCAAGCGGCUCGUCAAGCGGUGCCAGCUCGGGCGCAAGCGCCGGCGCAGCUACCGGCGCGGGUCGGGUGGUGUACGUCGCGCCAGAUGGAGACGUGUUCCCGCCGCAAGGCAAGGCGCCUAGAUUCGUUCCAGACUCAGUAGACGUAAUCCCGCAGUCGAUAAAGAUGGAGGAGCUGUCGCAAGUCGCCGAGUCGGACGACUCAGAGUCAGAAGUCCAGUACGUGCUUACUGCCGCUAAGAAGGAUCAGGCGCGGUCCAAACCAGUUGCGACUAACACUUCUAGCAACAUAUCGAGUUGCGUGGACGCCCGUCUCGAGAGCGGACUCUCCGCAGCGGGUGAAGCCGCGGCACGUAGAGUGCUACUAGCCGGUGGCGGAGCCCUAGCCGCGGCUAUCCGUGCGCCAGCGCAAAGGGGCGCUGCCUCAACACAGAGACAGCCUCAUCAGCCUAGGACGCAUCCACCCUUAACGCAUACGUUAUAUGACGUAUUUAGACAUUUGGCGUUGGAGUUUCAUUAUCAGAUGGACUGCACUUUCAUGGAGAACGUGGUCUCGCUGUGGUUAACUCUGAACGGAUCGGCGUGGGGUUGCGGUGGCGCGUGGUCUCUGGCUACGCUAGCUGUGCCCGCUGACACACCACGUAUACGUCUAGCCUCGGACACCGUCAAUGCGCUGCUCAAUUCUUUGUGCCAGUUAGAGAACAUCUCACUGCGUUGUUGGGUGUUAUCAAUGCAAGCACUGGCGUGGAUCGCAAGCCUGCCUCUACAAACGGAGGGAAGCACUCAGACCAUGGGCCGAGUGAUAUUGGAGUGCGAACACUUCGUCCCGGCUAUCGUCAAGUUCAUUACCAUGAAUGUUAACACUGACGGUGCUGUUUCUUCUUCGGAACCUUAUCUUGGCGGCGUGAGCAUCGGCGCGGGCGCCGGUGCGGCGUCGGCGCUGCACUCGGUGCUGUCGCGCGUGGUGUGCGCGCGGGGCGCGGCCGGCGCGCACGCGGCGCUGCGGAUGGUGUGCGCCGUGUGGCGCAGCGGCGCCGGCGAGGCAGCCGAGGCGGGCGCCGCCUACGAUCUGCAGGCCACGCUGCUGCGCGUGGCGCAUCCCAUGCUGCAAGUGCUCAGCGGCCGCUACACGCACCACGCGGUCUCCCUCUUAGAUACUGUCGCGUACCUCUCGGCGUCCUGGAUACGCGAAGGCACCGGGGCCCGUUCCGACAACGGCUCCGAAGCGCGCCUCUCCGGCCUCCUCGCCGACGUCCUGUCCGGUGGCGGCGGAGGGGCCAGUCGGCGCGCUCCGCUGCGGCGAUCGGUCUUGGUGCAGCUGUUGCACUACUGCAGGAAGCUGCUCGCUGUGCCGAUCGGACACCAGAAUAAUCCUACUCAAUCGGCUUCAAGCCCGAACGUACCGUCGGCAAGUGAGCAAUCGCAAACGGACGAGAGCAAGGCGCAAAGCUCGCAGCAACCGGAAUCGACUAACGUCGAAGAUGAAAGGAAGCAGCAGGCCGCAAAAACACCUUGCGUUGCCGAUCUUAUCCUUCAAGCUCCAAUAAUAAUGCACAGGUUCUACAGGACAUUGUCUUUGUGCGACCCAUUGAACCUCCUGUUUUUGACAUCGAGUUUGAAUUCAGAGCCGACAUCUGAAUUAUCCUGUAUGAAGGAGGAAGUAUUCUUUUUGGUAUCGCAAAUGGCCAACGUGGCGUCAUCGCCUGCACUUAUGGUUCCAAGUCUUAUGGAAUUCCUACGAAGGGAAGAAAUAGUGAAUCUGUCACAUGCGAUGCAGCAAUUGAUCAGCAAACUAUUAGACAAGCCAGAGGCGUUGUCCGCAUUCAUCGAGGCCGGCGGCUUAGAACUUGCAGUUGAGAAACUCACCAACUGCCACCAGGCUGGCCCAAGCUGCAGUCACGGGCUGAUCUCUUCCUUGAUGAAUUACCUAAAGCUGCCACCGCAGCUAAUAAAUCUGUCCACCUCAGCCAACAGCAAGAAGAGUCAGCCACCUGUAAUUGAGACUGCCAGCGGGCUUGUGAACAUUGCGCCUCUUUGCACGGUGUCGUGUGGCAACCCCACCGCCCAAGCGGCCGACGUGCUGCUGGAUGGCGGCGGGGGCAGCAUGACGCCGAGCGGCGCCUGCGCCGCGCGCAGGGUGCGCGCCGCCGCCUGGUCGUAUCACUUCUUCAGCGCCGACGACGCCUCGCUGGCGCUCACGCUCACGCUGCCCUACGCCGUGCAGUUGCACGAGGUGCAGCUGCAGCCGCACCUCACUAGUCUAGCCACGUGUCCCGGCGCCGUAGCAGUAGAAGCAGGUUGCGGUGGUACACUCGCUCCGCUAGGUCCUCCUCAGAACACUGCGGGCAUGACCUUCAUCCGCCUAGCCGUCUCCAGACCCAUUGUGUGCACCACUGUGCAGAUUCGCCUCUACAAACCACGGGACAGCUCCAACAUGGGGCUUUUGCAGUUGAGGCUCCUGGCACAACCGGCAUUCAACAACCAGCUCCACAACUCCUCUGCCAGCAACAUGUGGACGUCUGUGGUGGCGGCGUGCACGCGGUCGCGGCUGCCGGCGGCCCGCUGGGGCGCCGUGACGGGCGCGGGCGCCGUGAGCGCGCUGUGCGCCGCGGUGGUGGGCGGCGGGAACAGCGCCGCCUACGCGUCGCAGGCGCUGCUGGCCGCCGCGCGCGCCUGCCCCAGGCUGCGCGCGCCGCUGCUCACCACGCUGCUGCACAUGGACUCGCAGGCGCACGCGCACGCGUUUACAGUAUCGAACACCGGCCGAACCAACGCCAGCAUGAGCUCCGUCUGCGAGCUGGUACGUCAGCUGUGCCGCUGGUGCUGCGACGGAUCGGUGGCGGCUUACCUGCAGUGGCUGACGGCCGCCGCGGAGCUGUGGUUGCGUGAGAGAAAGCCCGUGUCCGCUGCGCUCACACACACAUUGGCCGCGGUUUUAUGGACUUUGAAAGAAGAGCGAAUACUGGAGAAUCUUGAAGACUUAGUAACCGACGAUCUGUUUGAGCUCGUUUAUACGUGGGUGAAAGAUGUUCCUGAAUCUAGUCUCCUCAAGAAGUCACUUGAUGCCGUAUUAUGUUCUAUGUGCUAUAUUCGACCUGAGCUAUUCAGAAUGCUGCUGGAACAGAUGGAUAUACCUAUGGAACACGAUGAAAGCAUGGAAGGCCUGACAGACGACACAAAAGUGCACGGGUCCCCCACAUCGUCGCAACGUGCAGAUGCGCCCGAGUGUUCAAAUUUCACAAGCGUUGCGUGGCGGUUGUGCGGUUGGCAGCUGCAGACUUUGGCCGCAGCUGCGAUGUCGCCUGCUGCCACACUCGCUUUGUUGCAUUCAAGGUUGCCGUCUGCAGUCGUACAGGCUAUUGCAGACUUCAGCGAAGCGAAACUGAACCUGAUAAAGCAACAGCUCGGCUCACAAGAAGAUAUGCGGAUGUCAGACACUGACAAGGAGUCUGAUGGAGCUAAGACUGAUCUGCCGUCGAUGAAGAGCAUGUGCCAGCUGGUGGAAUGGGCGCGGCUGCUGUGCAUGGAGCGGCGGUUGAAGGAUUGGCUCGGUGGCACCGGCGCAGGCUUCUGGCGCCCGCUGCUCACGUUGCUUUGUUACCCAAGGCAUCCCGAAAGCACAUGGCAAGAAGGCGCUCAAUACGCGCAGCUAGAAGAGAACACGAUCCGUCUAUUCGCCGAGUUGACUGUGUGCCAUCCCGCCAACCAGAAGCAGUUCGCGUCCACGUUACACAGUAUACUCGAGUCGCUGCAUUGUACUGGUCCAGAAGGCAUCUCCGGCUUCACGCGAGCACUGAUACUGCGUCUGGUGCUGUCCCCCGAGCGAGUGACCGUGGCGCUUCGCUGGGCGGGCGCGUCGGUGGCGUGCCAGGUGAUGGCGCCCAGGCACCCCGCCGCCAACUGCCACGCGCUGCUCACGCUGCCUAUGCACACCACUGUGAGGUCGCUGCUCUGCGAUCACCGACCACCGCUUCCAAUCAUAGAAGACACAACAAAAGUGUGCGUAACCAACACACCCAGCUCUGGGAACCCUUCGGUCCUCCGCAGCGCUUCAGACACAGCUAUAAUGACAGUUGCUGAGGCUUGGGAGCUGAGUUUGGCCGCCGCCAGUGCCUCCAAGGACAAGCGAGUGAAGGACGUCAAAAACACCUCGUUGAAACAACAGAAUAAUAAAAAGAGACAGACAAAACCUAAUAACGAUUCUUCCAUGAUGUCUGUCAGUGAUGAUCUCAUAGAAACAACGAUCCGCGUGCAAGUGCCGGGGCUGGAAGGGUUCAUCCAGCCUACCACUACACUGGCGCAGCUUACGGCCGCCGUACCGCACGUGUUCGGACCCCACCUCACCAUGACGCUGCAUCUCAAUACGAAUGGAGGUCCCUCGUGGGAAGGCGCGGCGUCGACGUCGAGUAACAACGACGGGGCGAGGUCGGGGUUGAUCCUGCGGCAUUUCGGCGCAUGCGGCGGGCUGGCGCUGGUGGCUGCACGCCUGCCGCGCCCCGCCGCGCCGCCCGCGCCGCCGCCUGCGCCGCGGCAGCAUCACCACGACCUGGAUUGGGUGAAACUCGACGAUCCGUACGAGGAGGUAGUAGAGCUUGGCGUGAGUUCGGCCAAUAACAUAGAAGAAAGUGGCUGCACUGGUGUUCCGGCUCACGCUCUCGUGGCGCUGGAACUGCUGCUCAAGCUGCCCGGCUACGCCGACGCGCUGCUGGACGAGGGCGCCAGGGCUGUGCACUUGUUGCGGCUACUGCUAGGGGUCACGCAUGACGAGGAUGGCCGUAGCAUAGUAGUGGGUGGCAGCGGCAACGGUGGUCGCGACGGUAACUGGUCGCUCGGCACGUUGCCGUUCCGCGUCGUCUCUUCUUUGCUCGAGGCCCAAUCACCCUCUAGCGAGCCGGGAAGGGCACUACGUGAGUUGCUGCUGGCUCUGGGCGCUGUAAGACUCGUACUCGCUUGUCUUGCCAUCUUCACGCAUCACCGGCCUACAUCCAACGAUAAUAGUCAAGCUUCAAACGGGUCGUCAGCGGGAAAGUCGGAGGAGAAAAGUCAGCUGUAUUGGGCGAAGGGCACCGGUUUUGGCACGGGCAGCACGCAGCAGUCGUGGAACGUGGAACAGGCGCUUGUCAGGCAACGCACCGAGGAGGAGCACGUGACUGUCCUACUUCAAGUCCUAAUAACGGGUCCUUCUGACACGCCGUACGCGAACGGGUGUUUCGUGCUGGACGUAUAUUUCCCUGCCGAGUACCCGGCCGUGCCUAUGCUCAUCAACCUGGAGACCACGGGGCGGCAUUCGGUGCGGUUCAACCCCAACCUAUACAACGACGGGAAGGUCUGUCUCUCCGUGCUUAAUACGUGGCAUGGACGGCCGGAAGAGAAGUGGAACGCGCAUACUUCUAGUUUCUUGCAAGUGCUGGUGAGCAUCCAGUCGCUGAUCCUGGUUCCGGAGCCGUACUUCAAUGAGCCAGGGUACGAGCGUAGCCGUGGCACGCGCGUGGGCAGCAGCGCCUCCCUCGAGUACAACUCCAACAUCUACCAGGCCUGCGUGCGCUGGGCCAUGCUAGACCAUCUAAGGAAUCCAGAGCCCUGUUUCAAGGAGGUGAUACAAACACAUUUCUGGAUUAAGCGCAACGAGAUAAUGCAGACGGUGGCGAAUUGGAUCACCGAAUUGGAAGGCCAAAGCGGCGAUGAGCGUACGCAGCGGAGCAUACAACUGAACCUCACGUCACUCAAGAGGCACUACGUGAAGCUGCAGGAGGAGCUGGCCAAGCUGCCGGUGCCCGCAGGCUGCGACGAGCUGGACGAGCCGUUCACGCUGCCGUCGCCGCCGCCGCGAGCCGCCGCCGACGUCGACCACGACAUGGAGAAGAUUGUGGCGCAAGUGCUCGACUGAGCAAGUACAAGUGGAGGAGAAGCGCAUUUACCUAGGCUAGCGUAGGAGAAUAUUGUACAUGUACCCGUAUUUAUUUCGCCCGCGGACCCGAGACUGACUUCACUAGUCGUCCGCCCGGUAAAUAUCUUACUAGCGACUUUAUGAAUGUUUUUAUUUGUAAUAGAAGUUUCGUUUUAUAUAGUUUUUUUUAUUAGGUAGUUUAGGAUUUAGUGGGAC